AAGCUAUCAACGCUGCGACAUUGCCCCAUCCUCUCGAACUCGCCCAGAGGGAUGUCGUUUCUCUUCCGCCGUCCGGGCGCCCUUAUUGUUCUGGGUUCGUCAGCCAUUGGAGGGGCUGCAUACCGCUACACAGCACCACCGUCGUCUUCGUCCUCGUCUCUCAACCCUCACGAUUUCACCCCAUACACCUUAGUCGACAAGAAACCUGUUUCAUCAUCGAACUCGAUAUUUACACUAAGGAAUCGCGAGGGCGCCGCUGACCCCGAAAGCGUUAAAGAGGCCUGGAGACAUGGCGUUUGGAGUAUUCAGAUCAAGCAACCCCAGCUGCAGAUUGCCCGCGACUACACACCUCUCCCUCCAACGCCCGAUGUCGCUGAUGACAAUGACACGGAACUGCAUGAUAUUCGCCUCCUGAUCAAGAAGGAGGAGGGAGGGGAAGUCUCCAACUAUCUACAUCGUUUACCGGAGCAAUCGACCAUCGAGAUAAGGGGACCCAAACUCGAAUGGGAGCUUCCAGAUGAUAUCAAGGAAGUCAUCUUUCUGGCAGGAGGGACAGGCAUUGCACCUGCGCUUCAAGUCGCGCAGGCAAUGGGUCACAGACCAGGGACCAGGCUGCAUAUACUAUGGGCAAACAGAAAGAGAGAGGAAUGCGUAGGAGGCAAGAGUGAUGGUACGGACGCUCAUAAGGUUCUAAGGAGCCCUCUAGGCUCAUGGAAGCGUUACCUUGCAUUUGGGACUGCACCGAGCCCUGGGCAAAAGCCUCUCGCCCGUCAAGGAAAAGGCGCCAUUGUGCAAGAACUCGAGGCUUUGAAGAAGCACAAUGCCUCACAGUCGAGCGGGCUCGAGGUGCAAUACUUUGUGGACGAGGAGAAGACCUUUAUAGCACCCCAAGAUGUUGCGCGCCGCUUAAACCCACAACAACCUUGCUCCAGGGUCAUCCUCAUCGCAGGUCCAGACGGAUUCAUCGACUACUGGGCCGGCAAGAAGAUCUGGAUCGGUGGGAGAGAAGCACAAGGGCCGCUUGGAGGAGUGUUGGGUAAAAUGGAUCUCAGAGGGUGGUCGGUAUUCAAGUUGUGAUCCAUUGCGCCUAAGAGCAUCUGUGCAGCAAAUUGACUAUGACAUAAUCAAACGGUUGAGUCCAUCCUUCAAGCAUAUCCGGACUGGCUUCGUUUUUCCCGUCUGGGUUAGCGAUCCUUCGCGACAAUAAUUCCGCGCUGAUAAAUUCU